GCAGAGAGAGAGGUACAGAGAGAGGGAAAGAGAUGAGAUCCGAAGCAGGGGAAAGGAAGAGGGAAAAAACACUGUCGGAAGACCUGUAAAAGAUGAGAAACCACGAAAGAGGGAAAACUACCUGGAUUCUGACAGGAUAAGAGAAAGAGGUGAUUCAUUGGACAGAAGAGAGAGGGAUACAGGUAGAAAGAGAGAAAAGCCAAGGCGAAACAUGGGAGAGAGGGAGACCAGGGCGCCUUCUCCUCGCAAUCCAAGAGACAUAUACUCAGAAAGGAAAGACGGUGAAAUGGCUGGAAGGAGGGACACCAGGAGUGAAGGAGACAGUGACGAGAGAGAGCUGAAGAGGGAGAAAGUGAGACACAAAGAGAGGCAGGAGUUGACAUAUCAACACAGCAGAAGUGAGGGGGACGAUACGAGCAAAACACAGAGGAAGAGAGAUCCAGAUAGGCAAAGAUACAGGGAAGAGGACAGGCAGACAUAUAGAGACGGGGACAGAGAAGUGGAUCGAUCCAGGAGGAAGGGCGGGGAGAAAGAUGGGGUGAGAUACAGAGAGGUUGAUCGGCGAGCUGUAAGGGAGGGAGACAGAUGGAAGGAAAAUGUGACAGAUUUGAAAUAUGACAGGAGAGAGGGAGACAGACACAGGCAGUACGAGCAGAGGACAGACAGGAAAGUGAAGGAAAGAGAGGUUGAUCGUAGGUGGGAUGAUAAGAAAGAGAGUAGCAGCCGAUCUCAAAACGAGACGGCUCCUCGGGUGCCGCCACGAGUCCAUAGCAGCGGAGAGUUGAGCAGUGACAUGGACAGUGACAUGAGAUAUAGAAGAGGCAGAGACAGUUAUGAAGAGAGGGAAUCAGGGAGAGAGAGCACUGCUGAAAGUGACAGAGAUGUAGAAGAACAGAGAGAUCCAGCUGCUGAAAGAAGUCAAAGGGAGAAGAAAAGAAGUGAGCGGCAAGAGACAGACAGGGGAGAGAUGACGGAGCAGAGAAGGAUGUGGUUAGAGCCACAGAGGGGCAAGAAUAGUAAAGACGAGUUUGUCGACAGAGAGAGACACACGAGGGGGAAAGAGAGGAGGAGCGAAGAAGAGAGGAGUACGGAGUCACAGGGUGAGUGGGAAAGAGACGGGCGGCAAGUAAAAGAGGAACCAGAUGAGAAGAAUUUGGACCAAAGCAGCUACAGGGGAAGACAUGAAGGGAGAAAUGAGCACAGGGGAGACAGAGAACGGGAGACAGCGGGUGUGAGUGUCGAUGGAGAGGAGGUGGGUGAAGUGUGGAGAGAAGUAGAUAAGGGAGGGAAGGAACAUCUGUCUGAUAGAGAUGGAGGGAUAGAGGAAAGCGGGCAGAGGGAUGCAGAGGGAGAGAACGUGACAGAUAACACAGAGGAGAGUGACAGAGAGGAAGAGGGUGGAAGCGGUUAUUUGGGCCCCUCUGAGAACGAAGGAGGAAGUGAGAGAGGGUGGAGGAAAGAUAGACACAGAAUGCUGUCAGGAGAGGACAAUUUUGUGACUGUGUCCAGCGGUGGAGACGAGGAGGAUGAAAGAGAAGAAGAGGAGUUUGAGGACUGUCAGGAAUUCUGGGAAGGUGCACGCGAUGGCCACACUCCUGUUGUCGUCAAGGGGUGUGAGGGAGACGAGGAGAGGGGAAUGGGAAAGCAGGAGGCGGUUGAUGAAGAGGAGAGGGGGAAGCAGCCAAAGUACGUCUUCUGUGUGAUUGGGCAAACGUUGCUCCGGCCAAAAACCAACGAGACGUCACUGUCACAAGUUGAUCACAUGGGAGGUGUGGAAAGAGGCAACCCAAACAUAGAAAGUCGUAAUCACUGCGGUGAUGAGGCCACACGGGAACCUUAUGAUGACCUGAGUAGAAAUGAUGAACACCCGAUCAUCAUCAUCCAGGACACAGACAGCAAGAGUGAGUGUGACACACCAAGGGAGGAAAGGCCAGCCACAGGAGAAACAAUCGAAGGGGAUGUCAGACACAGAGCAUCGUCAGUAGGAAUGAGGAGCAAAGUUGAGCGCCCAUGCGCCAUUAAAAGAGACUCAGAGACUGAAAACCUUCUCAUAAAGUGGAGAGAGAAAAAUACAGACGGGGUGGAAGGAGAGCGGGAGCAGACUACGCCAGUCCCGAGUAAUCCCUAUGGGGAUGCUUGUUCUCAAAUGAAUUUGGAACAAAUUCAACCCAUCUUGGAAGCAAUUACCACCGGAGCAAUGAGUCCAGAAGAGGUGGAGGCCAUUCGGAUUCGAAUGAGCGGCGCAUGGAGCAUGUCCGAAGAGCCCAAGCGGCAUUCCCAAGCUCCGCACCUCAAAUGGGCCAAAGAUGUAGUGCGGGAGAUUUUGGGACGUUCAGAGGAAAAUACUGUUGACGAACCUAAUGCAGAGGACGGAGGUAACCGAGGGGUCGACCGGUGCAAGACAGAGAUCAAGAACGACAAACGGGAGGAGGCCGCACGAGUGACUGGAGAGGUGCCUGUUUUUAAGGUGGGAAUGGACGAACACCACUCAGAGCCAGAGCUGGAGGAGGAAGAGCCGCUGGAGGUGGAGGGACUGAGAGGUAUGGGGCAGAGCCAAAAUGCGAUGCAUGCUGACCAGUUCACAGCUAUUCAUGUUGGUGACACACCUACAUACACUCAUGCUGACACACUGUUAAACACAGAAGGGAAGGAGGAUCACAGUUUGGACAAAGAGACCGAGCCGUCUGGUUCCCUUCAGUUAGAGGAGGCAGCUGUAGAGGAGAAACCUAGGGAAGAGGCGGGUGAUGAGGUUAAAUUAUCAGAAAGGGAAAAAGAAGCUAUAAGGGAGAAGGAGGUGGAGAUGUAUUUAACUGUGAGCAACACGUUGUACAAGCCUAACAGCUGCCCCAUUCUGAAUUAUGACAGCGAGUCUGACCUCCUCGUUCCCUCCAGAGAGGGAGAGGGUGGCCAGGAACUGGGAGACAGAAUGGGUGAGAGUGACGAGGAGAGGGGUACUGUGGAGAAGGUAGAAGAGAAAGUCGAUGGGGAAUGCAGAAAGGGAGAGGUGGACGCAAAAACGAAAAUAGCAGGGGGGACUCUGACGAGCAGCUACAGUUUCCGAGAUUUGGGUCCUGAGGCUCGGUUACGAAGAAGGGGAAUCCGUAAAACCACUGAAAGAAGGAAUGGAGAGCUUGUAGAAGUGGAGGAAGAAGAAGAUGAUUUUGGAAGGGAUCGCAGAACCAGAAUAUUUUCUACAACAGAUGAGGACGAUAAAAGCAAAAGCUGGGGAGAAGUAGAGCUGAGGGGUGCUUUGGACACAAUCGACAGACGGAAAAGGAAUUCACGUUUUUUCAAUGCUGCCCAGCUCUACCAGCAGUACAGCGAGGCUGCCCAGAACUUUGAGAUCCUGCGUCAGGCUCGCUCCGAUGGCAUCUCUGUGAGCGAGGGCACUACCCCGUCUCCUGCUCCCUCACCCCCUCCUGCACGCAGACCUCUUCCUCCCAUCCCUCCUGUCCCGCACCCCCACUCCUGGGCACCCGUGGGCUCCAUCACCAGUGUCCAAAGCUUGCCUCUCCCUGAGCCCCCCAAGAGUGAAGGCAGGCCUUCCUCCCCACGUCUAUCCGUCUCUCUCUCGCAGUCAUCCACACUGUGGCGGGAGCUGCCGGGGGUCAGGAGCAGUGGUGAGCUGGAGGAGCUCACAGAGGACCAGAGGCGACUACAGGAGGUGAGAUUUGAGGUGGUGACCUCAGAAGCGUCCUACUGCCGGAGUUUGGACAUUGUUGUUGAACACUUUGUAAAGUGCAAACAGCUGGGGGCGCUGUUGACUACUCAGGAUAGGAACUGGCUGUUUUCGCGGCUUGCUGAUGUUCGCGCCAUCAGCCACAGUUUUUUGUCAAAGUUGGAGGAACUGGUGGAAACUGACAUCGUACAAUUCACCGUGUGUGAUAUCAUCGCUCGGCACUGUCAGCGCUUCAAAAUGGUUUAUGUCCCCUACCUCACCAAUCAGUCCUAUCAGGACGCCACCUACCAGAGACUCAUGAAUGAGAAUAUAGGGUUCAAGCGGAUUGUGGAGAAAUUAGAGAGGAGUCCUGUUUGUCAGAGGCUUCCUCUCCGUUCCUUCCUCGUCCUUCCCUUCCAGAGGAUCACAAGAAUUAAGCUGCUGGUCCAGAACAUUGUGAAGAGAACAACUCCUGGUACUGCAGAGGCGUUUCAAGCCAUCAAAUGCUUGAAACUUCUGGAGAAGCUGAUUCAAGAGAGUAACGACAGCAUCACUCAGAUGAAAAGCAUUGAGUCGCUGGUCUGUCUCAGUGCAAAGACGGACUUUGAAUGCAAGACUCUUCCUCUGAUCAGUCAGUCUCGGAGGCUGGUGCGGGAAGGGCCGGUCACCGAACUGAUGGAUUUUACUCAAAAGGAAACGGAGAGGAAUGUUCAUUUGCACCUAUUCAAUGACUACUUGCUGCUUUCACUACAUAAAGAAGGGGGGAGGUUCACAGUAAUAGACCACUGUCCUGUAUCAGACCUGCGUGCCGAGAACUGUCGCAUCAAACUUCACUCCCUCCAGAAGAACGUGUUCCGGCUUCACAUGACAAACAGAGCCCUGCUGCUACGGACUGACACACAGAGUGAUAAGCUACGUUGGAUAUCUGCUAUUUCCCGGCCGCAUCCUGAAAUAGAUUUUUCUGCUGCGCAAGACUUUACACAGAUGCAGUGUAUCCGAGCUAUUGUGUCCCAGCAUCCUGAUGAGGUGUCGUUGGAAAAAGCUGAUAUCAUUCUAGUGCACCAACGAAGCAGUGACCAUUGGGUAGAGGGGACCAGGCUGUCCGAUUGGCAUCGUGGAUGGGUGCCCGAGUCACAUUUGGAAACCAUAACCAACUCUAGAGUUCGGAAACGCAACCUGGAAGAUGCCCUCAAACUGACAACUGCCACAGCUGCUGUUUGAGUCCUGGAUGCACCGUAGAGGAUAAGACUCUCAAUUAUCUGCUUCAAACUGCUGGAAACUGGACUAUGGACAUUUAGUGCCUCAAAUGGGGGAUUAUAUUGUUCACAAUAGUGCAGCAACUGAGAUGCUGUAAUAAUGCAUCUCAAUGUAGCAUUGGGUCUCUUGGUCGUACAAUAUAUUGCCGUUGGAGCGAUCCGUGAACUGCUGCUGAGGCCUGCCUGAAAGACAUUAAGGACUUUUUGACUCUAUUAAGUGUUAUCUACAGUACAUUACAAACAUUGAGUGUGCUGUAUUACAUCGAUAAACUGUUGUUUUAAGAUACAUUUUUGUUAAAGGGAAAUCCAAAAAAGUAUGUGCUUGGAAAAUGUUUUGUUAUUUGUGUAUAUUAAAGAGAAUUCAAAAGUUGAGUGUCUGGUGCUAUUGUUAAUUCGGCAACUGCAGAGCUGAAAGAAAUCAUGCAGAAUGUAAAAGACGAUUCAAAGAUGUACAGAGACAGUGAAGACAUUUCAAUAAAUUCAGAUUGGUGGCGUAAAUAACUUUUGAUGUGCAUGCUUUAUUGAGUGUACGUACAGUGGCUUAUUUUCUCCACCAUAUAAACUGUUUUGGUCAUUUAUAGAUAU